AUGACAUCAUGCAGAUGCAAACAUGUUCUUUCGCACCAUGGACCAUUGACCCGUGCGUCGUUUAGCGCCAGGGACGACCAGCACUCUUUGGUUUUGGCAGCGUUGUGCUCAGCCUUCCCUCCCCGACGACGUCCUGGAGAAUGGGUGGUGCAAGGGGACUUCCGGAGCUUCCUGGAGGUGGAAUUGCGAGUCAGCAACGCUUGUGCAUGUUUGUUUACAUCCUCCCCACCACGACGCGUGGGCGAUCACGAAGUCGAGUUGGUGGGAUUUUAUGGAAGAAUCAAACCUGGAAUGGAGGCAUCCUUUAAAGAAUCAUGCGCCAUCAGGGCACAAAUUGCCUCGAACAUAGCGCUGGCUUUGGAUCAAGGCAAUGCAAGCAUUGGCCUGGCAAAGGAACAGGUCCAACGCAUUUUGAAUUUCUUAUCAUCUCCCCGUGGCGACUUCUUGGUCUGCGAGAAUGACAGCCACGAGCUGGGAGCGGAUGGAGCGGCGGAAGGAAGUGCCGAGGAAGUUGGCCUUGGCGUUUUGACCCUUUUGGGCCGGGCAGAUGCAGGCAGUGCAUGUGGAGGACGGGAUCGCAUGUGCGUCCCUGCCAAACGCGCCAGCUACAAAGAUGCACUUCGUGGUCGCAUCGUGCCACAUGCUCAACGGAAGCGGGCCAGCUCUGAGAUGGGACCCCCAAAACCUCGGCCGGUGGUGAAACGGAAUGAUCACGAUCACUCCGAAUCUAUGGAUGUGAAGAAACGUGACGCAGAUGGCGGAGAAGAAACUGAGAAGACCAAUCCCGAGCCAAUCCCGAGCAAGUGCGUGGAGGACUGGGCCACCGGAUUGGUGCACGCUGCUCUUUUGCGUGUGCUCAAGAGAAGGGCCGCUGCAGCCGAAGAAUUUGAUGUGGCGUCAAGGCUGAAGGCGCGAGAGAGAGGUGCAGAUACGGCUUUGUGUGCAGGCCGCGCUCGCGCAGUGCAGCUUUUGCAUGCGCCAAAGCUUGCCGCCAUUGAGAAGCUCAAUGAUCGAAAACGCAAGGCUGUCGAGUUCGAAGAUUACGAGCUUGCCAGGCAGCUGAAACAAAAGGCCGUGGCGGUUGAAGCUGAAAUAAAGAGCGUGGACGAGGCUGCCCUGGAGGACCUUGCCUUGGAACAAGCCAGCAGGUUAGCUUCCAUGAGCAAACAUCGCACCAAGCUGAUGAAAGCUGCAGGGGCCGAAGCCACGCGGAGCUCUGAUGCCUCAAACCUGUGGGAGGAAGUCGUGACUCCGGAUGACACUUGGGUCAAUUCCAUGCAGGGCCAGGCGUUGCCUGAGUGCCUGGCUUUCCGCACUCGACAUCGGGCAGAUGUUGCCUUCAUUGCACAACCCAACAACGCAGCGAACAUCAUGAUGAAGAACUUGUUGGAUUUGUGCAUUGGUGUGUUGGCCUUUUAUCUUUUUGGCUACACCAUCGCCUUUGGAGAGAGCUACGACGUGGGCAUUGCUGAUGCGGGCUUUGACCUGGCACAUUGGUUCUGCAGCUUUUCCUAUGCUACAACUGCUGCCACCAUCAACAGUGGGGCCCUGGCCGGCAGAGUGGCAUUCUUCCCGUACCUGGCGUUGUCCACCAUGAUGACAGGCCUGGUGUAUCCGAUCUCUGCCCGGUUGGUUUGGGGGCAUGGCUGGCUGCAGCAGAUGGGCUUCGUGGACUUCGCAGGUUCUGCGACGGUGCAUCUCGUGGGAGCGGUCAGUGCAUUGGUGAGCACGAUGAUUUGUGGUCCUCGAAUCGGACGUUUCCCAGAGUAUCGCUCAUGGCGAAAGCCUUGGAGUUGGCUCUUUGGAGAGAAGCAUGAUGAUCAAUACUACCGAGUUCCACAGGAUCCCGUGGAGAAGAAGGUCUUUAUCAGUUUUCGUCGUUGCCGGCAUCCGGUGCAGCUCCUGUUUGGAACCUUUUUGCUGCUUGUGGGCUUCCUGGCCUUCAAUCCUGCGUCUACCUUUUCCGUCACAUCUGGCCACGACCUUGUCAUGGCUCAUGCAUCUGCCACAACACUUCUCGCAGCCGCUGGUGCUGGCAUUGGAGGCAUGGCCUAUUCGAUGGCGCGCACCCGAUCCACAGUGGUCCGUGUUCCGGAGUUGACCAAUGCCUUGAUUGGUGGCUUAGUUGCCAGCUGCGCGUGUUGUGUGGUGAUUCCGCUUCCAGUAGCACCUUUGGUCGGGCUCAUUGCCGCACUGCUGACGCUCUCAGUGGAAGAACUCUUGGCAUAUUUCCAAGUGGACGAUGCAGUCGGGGCGGUUGCUGCACAUGGGCCCUCUGGGGCUUGGGGCACACUCGCCGUGAGCCUCUUCGCCGAAAAGCAUUGUUCUGGCAACUCUGAGAUUGUUGGGCUUUUCUUCGGAGGAGGUGAAGAAGCAUGGAAGCACUUGGGCAUUCAAUGCACGGGCAUCCUCAUGUUGACAGGCAUCUCCCUUGGCUUUACCUACGUCAUUGUGAUGUUGGUAGAUUUCUUAUUUGGCUUCCGCUGCAGUCGUGCUUGUGAGCUCAUUGGCUUGGACUUCUGGGAGCACCAGUUUGAUGAUGGCUCUCUCCAAUCCAACAACGACAAGGCCGCCUUAUUCGACUUAGCACAGAUGCGCGAGGACUUGAGCCGUCGUAACCGGCACCUCGACUCGGUGGUCCCAAAGAAGUGGAGGAGUCCCAGUAAAAGCUAUGUGGAUGUGACGGAGUCUGUGGAUAGUCGUGAAAGUCGUGCCAGAACUUCUACAACUUCUCAAUCCAUGUCCAGUGAGAGCACUGAUUUGCCCAAAUCGGGAGAAUCCGAUCCGCACAUCGCUGUCUUGACCGAGAAGGUGGCGGAUUUGGAACGCAAGAUCGCCCUGUUGACCUUGGGCCAUUUGCGUCAGAAGGGCGAACGGAAGGGCACCACGGAGGAUGUGUGCGGGACUCGGGUGACGGCUGAAGCCGCAAGCCAGGAGUCCUCUCCGAUGGCCCCCCUUGCGCACCACGCGUUCGGAUCCAGGAUAUUGACCAGAAAGCAAGGCCAGGAGCCCCGUUCGUAG